AUGGUGCAUCUUUGUGUUAUAGCUGGGAAGAAGGCAUACAUCCCCGUUGGCAGCCAUCCUCUCGCCAGAUCCUCCGACGGCUGGAUUCACCUCACUGGAGACUUCAACGCUCCUUCUGGGGCAACAGCCAAAAUGGCUGACAUUGUUAUGGCAACAGAAGUUGCGGUGAAAUAUGACAUGCAAGGCAUAAAGUCGUCCAGCGUGUACUACCAAGGCCCGUCACCUGGUGUAAACUUUGUGGUCGACUCCGUGUCUAUAUCUCCCCUGGUAGCCAACACCCACUGGCGUGCAGAAUCCGAUGCCACCAUAGAGAGGAUAAGAAAAAGUGACAUCAACUUUCACGUCACCACUUCUGGAGGUAUUUCCAACAAUCAAGUUGAAAUUGACGUAAUUCAAACAAAAAAAUCGUUUGCAUUCGGAACCGCUGUAAACUUAGGAGAGUAUCUCCAUGGCGACCAGAGAUACAUAUCGUUCAUCAACAAGCACUUCAACUGGGCAGUCACAGAGAAUGCCCUCAAGUGGACUUCGUUGGAACCUCAGAAGGGUCACAUCAACUACGAUGAGCCAAUCAACGCCAUCAAGAAGUUGAGAUCCAACGGAAUCAAGGUGCGAGCUCACAACAUUGUCUGGUCUGUGGAUCAGUUUGUACCACAGUGGGUUAAAGCCCUUCGUGGGCAGACACUGAAGGACACAGUAAAACACCAUAUACAAGACAUUGUUGGACGAACCAAGAACCUCGUGGAACACUGGGACGUCAACAACGAGAACCUCCACGGCUUCUGGUUCCAGAACACUCUCAACGAUAGAGACUACGAUCUAGAAAUAUUCCGUAUCGCUCAUCAAGCUGGUCCCAAUGUUAAAAUGUUCCUCAAUGACUACAGUGUUGUAUCAUCGGGUGGGAUGACUGGGGCGUACCGUGAUCAGGCCAUCAGGACAAAGAACGCAAACGUUGGCCUCUAUGGAGUCGGUGUCCAGUGUCACUUUGGAGAAAAUGUUGAACCCGACCCAACGCUGAUCAAGGAACAUUUAGAUACCAUUGCACAAGCUGGCGUUCCUAUCUGGGUCACUGAACUCGAUGUCAUAAAUGUUGAUGAACACAAACGAGCAGACUGGUACGAGACAGCUCUGAGGGCGUUUUAUGGCCACCCAGCUGUUGAAGGGGUUAUGUUUUGGGGAUUUUGGAGCGAGAGAGACUGGAGAGGAGAACCAGCUACACUGGUGUCUGGAAAUGAGUUCAGGAUAAACGCAGCUGGCCAACGUUACAUUGACCUCACAGAGAAACAAUGGAUGACCAACGAAAACCACAAGCUCUCCCAAUCUGGCAACAACUUUAAAGUCCGCGGUUUCCAUGGCGACUACACGAUUAAAGUCAAGGUCAACGGGAAGGAAGUUCCCUCCCUCGCGCAGUCAUUCACCUUGGGUAAAUCGGCUCACACUGUAAACCUCCGCGUCCAUCAUUAGCACGAUCACUGUGAAUAAAGUGCGUCAUUGUG